GCAGAUCCUAUGAGUUGCCAGCUGCCCAUCCUCAGGUCAAAUACAAUUAGUUGGUGAGCUGGAUCUGGCCCCUGGGCUGUAUUUUGCCCAACCCUGCCUCAAAAAGUGCUUAGGUCUAAAUCCAGCUCCCCUGAAGAGCUACUUCUCCCUCUUAUGUGAGAGAAUGUCUUUUAUGCCUGUUGGAGUGACUUUUUUUUUCUGUGUCAUCAUGCUUGUUCCUUUCAUGGUAAAACCCUGUUUUUUAGGUUAACUGGAAAUAGGAGAUAAAAUCUUCAAGCUUCAUAGAUCUGGCAUUCUCUCUCAAAUAUUUACUGAAAGGUGGAUAAUCGUGGCAUUCUUUCCCUUCCUGUGUUUUCUGACAGCACCAUCCUAAACACACGGGCAAAAUGCUGACCCCAGUAAAAUCACUAGGAGUUUUUUCAUUGAAUUUAGUGGGGCAAGAAAUCCUAGUUUGUCAUAGUGCCUAUAUUUGUUUUGAAGAAUAUAAUAUUAAGCCAACCAGGCCUGAAUACUUUGAAGUUUGGAAAGGUACAAGUGCCUGGCAUUGAGAUCACUGAUGAAAAGUAGAACAGGCAUUUUCACUCAUUCCUAAAAUAUUAUACCUGUCUGGAAAAAUCCAUGCAGGUGUGCCCAUGAUUAGGAAAUUCUGCCCUGGAGAAUCUGUUAUUGCACCAUACCAGUGAUUGGUUAAGUACAGCAAUAAAAAUAUCAACUUUAACUGACAGUUCAUUGGGUCACCUAAAUGCCAGGCCCUUGUUUCUGGGCUGUGUUAUUACAUUUCAGCAUAAGCUCUUACAAGACAUGUACCAAAGUGCUUGAGAGGUUAAUUCUGGGACCUAUCUGACUCUGUCUUGAUAAAGGAAACCAUGGUACAGAGAGUUGCAAUCAUUGGAGCUGGUGUCAGCGGACUGGCCUCCAUUAAGUGCUGUCUGGAUGAGGGGCUAAAACCCACCUGCUUUGAGAGAAGCGAUGACAUCGGGGGACUCUGGAAGUUCUCAGAAACAACGAAAUCUGGGAGGAUCAGUGUCUAUAGAUCUGUGAUAACAAACACCUCCAAGGAAAUGUCCUGUUUCAGUGAUUUCCCCUUCCCAGAGAAUUUCCCCAACUAUCUACACCACUCCAGGCUCUUGGAUUACUUUCGAAUGUAUGCUGAGCACUUUGACCUUCUCAAGUAUAUACACUUUAAGACCACGGUUCACAGCGUAAGGAAAUGCCCAGAUUUCUCUGCCAGUGGCCAGUGGGAAAUUGUCACUGAGGCAAAUGGGGAACAGAAGUCCUCCAUCUUUGAUGCUGUUAUGGUUUGCACUGGUCAUUAUACAGAGCCACAUUUGCCACUGGAUUCUUUUCCUGGAAUAAGAAAUCGCUUUAAAGGCCAGUGCCUCCACAGCUGGGAGUACAAAGACUCGGAUGAUUUCAAAGAGAAAAGAAUCCUUGUGGUCGGUACUGGGAAUUCUGGAGGGGAUAUUGCUGUGGAGCUCAGUCGUGUGGCUGCUCAGGUGUUUCUCAGCACCAGAAGUGGCACAUGGGUGAUUAGUCGUGUUUCAAACCAGGGCUUCCCUCUUGACAUGGUAUUCACCACGCGCUUUGCCAACUGUGUUGAAUGGUUGCUCCCAUCAGCCCUCGGGAGCAGGAUCAGGAGAAAGAAAUUCAGCACAUGGUUUAACCAUGAAAACUAUAGCUUGCUUCAGAAAAAAAGUCAAGAGCUACAUUUGAUUGUGAAUGAUGAGCUGCCAAGCUGCAUUCUCUGUGGUGCUGUCAUGGUAAAACCAAAUGUGAAGGAGUUUACUGAAGCCUCGGCUAUCUUUGAAGAUGGGACUGUCAUGGACAACAUAGAUGUGGUGGUCUUUGCCACAGGAUUCACUGUCUCUUUUCCUUUCCUUGAAGAGUCAGUUCAUAAUGUCUGCAAAAGCAAGACCUCCCUUUACAAAUAUGUCUUCCCACCCCAACUGGAGAAGCCAACACUGGCUGUCCUUGGCUUUAUACAGCUAACAGGCUCCAUCAUGGUAGGAACAGAACUCCAGGCUCGCUGGGUCACAAGAGUUUUUAAAGGGUCAAAUAAGCUCCCUCAAGUCAGCAGAAUGAUGACUGAAGUUUCCAAGGAAAAGGAACUUUUAAUGAAACGGGGUUUUUCCAGAGAUUACAACAAUAUAAGAUCAAGUUUUAUUGUUUACAUGGAUGAAAUUGCAUCAUGUAUUGGUGUAAAGCCCAACGUACUGCUGCUGUUCCUGAUGGAUCCAAAGCUGGCUCUGGAGGUCUUCUUUGGCCCAUGCACACCCUACCAAUACCGUCUAGUAGGACCAGGAAAAUGGGGAGGAGCCAGAAAUGCCAUCCUGACUCAGUGGCAGCGGGUACUGACACCUCUGAGGACACGAGUUGUCAAUGAUUCUCCCAAUCAGUCCUCAGCUUUGGGCUGGUUUACACUUCUUGGUCUGCCUGCAUUUCUUGGCGCCAUUUUCCUUAUUUUCAAAUAUUCCCCUCAGUUGUGGUUCCCCGGAGUAAGUCUUAAUGGUGACAUUUCCUUUUGGGCAAGAGACUUUAUGAAAGGAGGGCUCUGAUUUCCUAGUGAGAGUUCUAAGAUGGUCAAAAUUAUUGACCAGAUCCAAGAAGCAUUUAGAUUCCUCCAGCCAAGCAAAUCUUUGAUGAAGCCCACUGUUUACCUUGACAUAAUAAAUGAGGAAAUGAAAACCUAGUUUCAACCA